AUGAGGGAAAAAGUUUGUUGUUUGUUUUUACAGUCAUUAAUACGUAAAGGGAAUUCAUGGGGGUCAGGUACGACCUACCUGGUCCACUCCUGUUUGCGCUGGGUAAGAAUUGAGCGGCUUUCCAAGUCCAAGGUUUCCUCCCACGCUUCUCAUCCUGGGAUAUCUGAAAACGGAGAUGGAGACUGCGGUCCUGUUGCUCUCGUUCUCUCAACGCAACUUAGGGCGUCCAUCGGUUGUCAUAGUGACGAUCAUCCUCCCGGUUGCGGCGCUCGUGCUGCACAGAUUUUGCCAGAAAGAACAUUAGCUUACAAAGGAGAUAAAUGUGUUGGAGGUAAUAAAGCUAAAGAGAGGCUUGCAGUUUUGAUUGCAGCCAACAUGACUGGGUCACAAAAAUUGCAUCUGCUCUUUAUUGGAAAAUAUCUGAAACCAAGGUGUUUCAAAAAUGUUCAGAAGAUUCCUGCUGCAUCUUAUGCUAAUAAUAAGGCCUGGAUGACUGGCAACAUCUACGAAAAAUGGUUGAGAGAUUUAGAUAACCGUUUUUCAGCAGAGAAGCGCAAAGUUCUCCUAAUCGUGGACAAUUGUACUGCACACAUGGAAGUCACUGGGCUUCAGGCAAUCCGUGUGGAAUAUCUCCCACCAAAUGCAACUGCAGUUUUACAGCCAAUGGAUCAGGGGAUAAUCAAUAGUUUCAAGCGAAAAUAUAUGACAGUGCUCUUGCAAAGAGUAAUCCUUGGCUUGGAAAGGGAACAACCUUAUCAGAUUGAUAUUCUUGGUGCAAUGCAUUUAUCAAUCAGUGCAUGGAAUGAUGUUUUAGAUGAAACAAUUUCUAAAGCCUUUCGACAUGCAGGUUUUAUUAAACAAACAGACGUAACUGAAGAAAUCCAUGACAAUAGAUCUCACGACGAAGAUGAGGUUCUCAUGCAUGAACUUCGCCGUAGAUAUCCACAGUUGCCAGAACUUUCAUUCGAGGAUUUUUUAAAUGUGGAUUCUAAUGUCAUCUGCACGGAGGAAAUAUCGGAUCACGAUAUUAUUAGCAGCAUAAUCAACGAGAAUGAGAGACUUUCAGAUCCAGAAGAAGAAAAAGAAAAUGAAGUAAAACAGUAA